UAACAUAUAAACAUGCAGUGAUGGCGAAUAAACUAAUUUUUCUUUUCCCAGUAUUUAUUUUACAGGUUCUACAGCUUUGGACGAGACUCACAGAAUGUAUUCCAGCAGUUCCAAGUCAGGCAGAAACAGCAAACUCCAGAAUGCAUAGUCUUAUGGCACCUAAUGUUGGUUCUCGGCAAUGGUUUCAUGCGGACAGCCGCAGCAGUAACCCGCACAUACAGUUAUUCAAAUCUAAUGAAUCCGGAUUGCCAUCGAACGCUAAGGAUAUGUUAAAAGGACGAAUGCCUACUUCACAGUCUGGCGAAAGACGAAUCUAUACAACUUGGUCAUCGAAAGAUUCUACUCCCAACAACGAUGUCGGGGGCAGUCUUUCAAGACCUGCAUUUCUUCAGACUCGUAUUAAUGUUGGUGCACCAAAUAUUGGAAACGGUGUUUAUAAAACUUGGUCAUCCGAGAAUCCAAGUUUUCAAGCAAACGGGGCAAUAACAAAAUCAAGUGAUUCACCUUCAAAGGUUCUAUUUAAGAAGCAUGUGGCAGAGCCUGACAUAUCAUUGUUCAAAUCACUGUCUACUAACAGUCCAGAUCUAAGCAAUGUCCAAAACGUUUGGUUUUCUGGUCCUUCAAACGGUCCAGAUUCAAUGAAAGGAGAAAACGGAUGGUUGCCGGCUUCCUCAAAUGUCCCAGAUUCAAGAAACAGGAAAAGUGUAUGGUUGUCUGGAAAUAUUAACAAAUCUACAGAGCCCAUGUUACAGAACUUGCUAGGGUUUCCGGAAAUAAACAAUGUAUCUGAUGGUAGAACAUCGGUAUUUAGAACCUGGUCGUCGGGACAUCCUUUUUCAAACGAAAUAUCUCAUUCAAUACCGAGUCAAGUCUUUUAUAAAGUCAACAAUGGCAACGUAACUAAAGUAGAUAAACAAACCUUGUCACCAUGGUCGUCAAAAGACUCAUAUACAAGACCAAAUUUCGAAAAUCCUCAUUUUGGAAACUUACAUCAUACAGAUGAACUUAAUAAAGCUACGAAAGCCAAAUUCGGACUAAAAGGAAAUAAUAAUAAAAAUACUGACGAGAGAAUUGAAACUCUUCAACCAUUCCCUUACAUUGGAUACCAAACUGAUUCGCUGUUAAAUGAUACAGCUUCUGAGAAUUUUCAUACGAUGUUUGAUAAGUUGAUGACACCUACGUCUAUUCCAUCUUCUAGUGAACAUUUCAUAAAUUUACCUGAAAGUAUACGAAAACGUAUCGAAGCACAACGAUCACGACUGUCUACAAGUUCCGCAAAUCACCCGGCAGAGAUUUCGUAUCGAUUUCCGCCAGUCUCAUCUGUGCACAAUAAUAAAAGAAAAACUACCGAUAAUGGAAGAAAAAAAGGAAGCGACAUUGAUCGAAUUUUCAAACGACUUCCUUUGCCGGAGUUUAAAAGAAAUCAUUUGAAAUUAUCUAGUCUCGAGAUACAGGAUAAACUAAAGAACGUGGUAAGCGACUGGAUUGGAAAUCAUAGCGCUGUAGGACAACAAAAGAAAAACUUGUCAGAUACAACCAAAGAAAAUCAGGAGUCUACCAAAGUAAAGAAUGUCAACAUAAAUGCAAACAGUACUAGAAUUCCGGCAAGUACCGAAACAGGUAAAGGGACAUCUGAAAAAAAUUCAAGACAUUUUACUUUGUUCCCUCCGAUUGACCUUUUUGGAAGAACUGUAAUACCAAAUAGAAAGGAAACAAAUGAUGGUAAAUUACUAGAAAGCGGACAUAACCGGUUCAAAAAUGGUUCGCCAUCACCAGAGAAUGCAAUAUCAGAAAGAAAAAAGAAAAAUGGCGACAAAACAUUAAGUCCAUCCGGGAAGAAUGUUAGCGAAAACAUUUUGAAAAGUCCGAUCACAGUAUUUAAACAACAGGACAAUAAAAAUCCAAACACUGAUUCACAUAAAAAGAGAAAAUUAAAAGAUGAAAAGAUGAAAAAAGUUUCGACGAUCAAAACCAAAAUCCCUGAAAAUGAACAAGUUAGAUAUUAUUCUGAUCAAUCUUCAGAAUCCUUAAUAAAUAGAAGAGGGCAGCCUCGGCAAUCAAAAACUAAAAAACAAGUACUAAAACCAAAACAAAAUGAAAAGAAUAUGAACGAAGUUUUACUGAGUCCUUUGUUAGAAAGGAAGACUGUCAAAAAUGAUGUUAGUGCUCUAAGAUUGUUGCUGGGACCACAAAUAAACGAGACAUUAAAUGCAGACGACAAAAACGCUACGUUAAGUACACAUCUGGUAGGAAAUUAUCAAAAUCGUAGAGACAUUACAAAGUCUACUGCUAAGAAUAAGCAAAAUCAAAAGAAACGAAGUUCAAAACCUAAAACAAAAUCCAAAGAAUAUCCGAAAAACAAGAAGAAUCUCAAGACAGAAUCUCCGCAAGACCAAAGAAAUACAGGAAACAAUUCAAAAAGUCUUACCAAAGAAACUCCUGGAAAUAAUAAAGUUAUCCAACUACAAAAGUCAUUUCCUACAGACAAAAGAACGCAAGAAGUGGUUCCGAAAACUUUGCAAGACGGAAGCCAAAAACUGCAUUUAUUCAACAAUUCUACAGCAAACAAAGAGAGGCAUCGAAACCUGACAAAAUUAACAACAAUUAAAGCAACGAAUAAGGAAACCCGUAUAAACCAGACACAAAACACUCCUGAAAAUACAAUCAAACUGCCAAAGGGAGCAAAAAUAAAAGGCAACAGAACUCUUAAAUCAAAUAUAUCAACACCAUACUUACCAAUGUCCGAAAACACCCCAAAACUUUUGCCUAAACAAGCAAACGAUGUCGGUCGCAGGGAACACAAAUCCAACCCAGUAAUGACACUGAAAAUAAAUCGUCUGAACACGACAAGUUUGACAAAAUUGAAAACGCGGGAGAAAGAUGAUCAGAACCAGACACUAAGUACUUUCAUAACAACAAACUCAACUACUAAGAAUACGACCAACCUGAUAUCUGACGCAAAAGUAAAAGGCAACACUACUCUUAAAUCAAAUGUAUCUAUAACAACUGCAGACAUAAUUGUAAAUACUACAAAUCUUUUGCCUGAACAAGCAAAUGAGAUGGAUUAUCGGGAAGGGAAUUUUACUCCGAUUACAACAACAAAGAAAAUUCAUCGAAACACGACAAACUUAGUUAGAGUCAAAGUGCAUAAUAUAGAUCACAUGAACAAAACACUAAACACUUCUAUAAUAACUACAUUAACUACUAUAAACAGAACCGACCUGAUAACGCUUACAAACGAAAAUGGCAAUCAAACUCUUCUUUCUAAUAUAUCUACAACAAACAUAGAAGUUACUAAAAACACUACACACGUUUUGCCUGAACAAGAAAAUGAUAUGAAUCACAAGGAAGGAAACUCAACAACGACAGCGGCAACUAAGGAGAAAAAUCAAAACGUUACGCGUGUGAUUACAGUGAAAACGCAUAAUACUUCUAUAACAACAACUACUACUUUAAAUUCAACAAUAAAAGAAAAUAACAACAUAACUCUUACAUCGAAUAGAUCUACAUCAGCCACAGAAAAUUUAAGAAACAAAACAAAACGUUUGCAAGAGAAUGCAAACGGUGUUGAUAGAAAUGAGCAAACAUCCACCGCGCCAACAACUGUAGAAGAAAAACUUUCGAAAACGACCGUAUUGUUACCCCUUUUAGCCUCCAGAAAAAGCUAUAAGAGCAAUGAUUCCGAAUCAAAAAAUGACGUUCUAUUAUCACAUUUGUCUAAGGUCACAGCUAAGGAAAGUAUCCCAAAAUCAUCAGAAAAAUUAAUAGAAUCGUUAUCAUAUACUCAUACUCCUUUAUCGGAGAUGAAAGUUGUUUCCAAAUACUCUGAGACACAAAAAUAUGUACCGACAGAAAUACCUACCAUUCGCGAUUCUUUAAAACUAAACGUUGAAAUAAAAAACGAAAAAGGAAACAAAGACAAAACAAUAGAUUUAUCUAUAGCGAAACAACUACCAAACAAUCUAAAAAAGUUAAAGCAAAGGAAUAAAGAAAAUGGGCAGCAUAUAUAUGAUUCAUCGAAGGAAAUCUAUGCUAAAUAUGCCAAGGUAAAACGACGAAAUGAAACUAUUGCAUCACUUGAUUUAGAAAAAAUGAAAACUCUCAAUCCUAUAAACUACAGUGUACUUAGCAAACAUGAAAACACAUCGGGCGAGAUGAAUAAUUCUGCUAACUAUAAAACUUCUGAUAACACUCUUAGUCAUUUUUUAGCUCAACCCUCAGACAUAGAGCAGAAGAUUAACACGUUGGGCACUGAAAGAAAGGAAUUACGUAUGGAUAAUUUGUUAGCAAAUUAUAACACUGACACUAGUCUAAGACCAGAAGUAACGAACGAAAUGGCAUAUACAGGCUACACAACUAUUCCUACCGUAACAUCUGUCUUUAAGGACCCCUCACAUGUAAGUAGGGAAACUACUGAAAGUACCAAUACAAAUAAAGCUAUAGCUCAAAACACUACACCAAUAUUACCAGUCGCUCGGCAGACUGAUUUUAUUGUGAAUAGCACAAAGCAUAAAAAUUAUAUCUUUACAAAAGCUGGAAUGAAAGAUUCUGCAACAAACAAUAUCGAUUUGCCAUCGCCACCUAUAUUUGUCAAAAAGAACAAGGAAUCUCUUCCUCCUAUAGCUGAAUCUGCAGCAAAGAAUAUCGAAUUACCACCGCCACCUAUAACUCUAAAGAAGAACAUAGAAACUUUUCCGCCUAUAGAUAAAUCUGCAGCAAAGAAUAUCGAAUUACCACCGCCACCUAUAACUCUAAAGAAGAACAUAGAAACUCUUCCGCCUAUAGAUGAAUCUGCAGCAAAGAAUAUUGAAUUACCACCGCCACCUAUAACUCUAAAGAAGAACAUAGAAACUCUUCCGCCUAUAGAUGAAUAUGCAGCAAAGAGUAUCGAAUUGCCGCCGUCACCUAUAACUCUAAAGAAGAACAUAGAAACUCUUCCGCCUAUAGAUGAAUAUGCAGCAAAGAGUAUCGAAUUGCCGCCGUCACCUAUAACUCUAAAGAAGAACAUAGAAACUCUUCCGCCUAUAGAUGAAUAUGCAGCAAAGAAUAUCGAAUUGCCGCCGUCACCUAUAACUCUAAAGAAGAACAUAGAAACUCUUCCGCCUAUAGAUGAAUCUGCAGCAAAGAAUAUCGAAUUACCACCGCCACCUAUAACUCUAAAGAAGAACAUAGAAACUCUUCCGCCUAUAGAUGAAUAUGCAGCAAAGAAUAUCGAAUUGCCGCCGUCACCUAUAACUCUAAAGAAGAACAUAGAAACUCUUCCGCCUAUAGAUGAAUAUGCAGCAAAGAAUAUCGAAUUGCCGCCGUCACCUAUAACUCUAAAGAAGAACAUAGAAACUCUUCCGCCUAUAGAUGAAUAUGCAGCAAAGAAUAUCGAAUUGCCGCCGUCACCUAUAACUCUAAAGAAGAACAUAGAAACUCUUCCGCCUAUAGAUGAAUAUGCAGCAAAGAAUAUCGAAUUGCCGCCGUCACCUAUAACUCUAAAGAAGAACAUAGAAACUCUUCCGCCUAUAGAUGAAUAUGCAGCAAAGAAUAUCGAAUUGCCGCCGUCACCUAUAGUUGUAAGAAAGAACAAGGAAUCCCUUCCGCCUAUAGAUGAAUCUGCACCAAAGAAUAUCGAAUUACCACCGCCACCUAUAAUUGUAAAAAAGAACAUAGAAUCUUUUCCGUCUAUCGAUACAUCUUCAUUAUAUGUAUUUCCAGAACUCAAACAAAGCCAGAGAAAUUUGAAACACUUGGAAAUGGGCACAAAUGCCCACAUAAAUUCACUUGAACCUGCAAAUAAUAAGCAGCAUCUGUAUACAACUUUACGGAAAGAACCACAGCAUAUAGCAGGUAGAAGGGAACAUGUCAAUGACGUGAAAUUAGACGACCAAGGUAGUAAAACGAGCAAAAUAAAACAGAUAUCACACAGGAACGAAAUUAAUAGAGAGGUACAAACAUCAGUUAAAGAAAGUCGUACUUCAAAAAAAUAUGUUGAAGAAAGACAACAAAAGUUACAAAGUCCGGUCCAGCCCUUAGCACCAUCACAACGUGAUCUAAAAACAGAUGUAGUUAAAGCAAAUGUGUAUGACGUAUAUGAAGUUGCUUCGUCACCUAAAAAUGUUCGUCAUCCAAAUAUACUUACUAUUAAUCAAAAACCUACCUCAAAAGUUUCUUCGGCUAAACUGUUGGAAAAGGUACUGACUGAAAAUACCGGAAACACCAUUGAGUUGUUUAGUUUACCUAAAUUAAAAGAACGGACACGACAUGUAAGUACACCAAAUAGGCCGGAUAAUUUUGCUAAAAGCAGUAGUUAUACCGUAAACAAUUAUAGUUCGAAUAUUAAAGAACCGUAUGGAAAACAAGACAAGAAAUCAAUAUCCAUAUCUAUUCUAGAACUGGUUUAUAACAACCUUCCUAAAAUAAGAAAGGAUUUGGUACCAAGAAAACCGAAACUAAGAAACACGAAUGUGCCCAAAAAGAGUAUUGUAAACUUUGCGCCGUAUAAAGAAUUAACUAAAGGUUAUGCGACGACAUCGAAAAUUCUGGUACCAAAGGCGAAGACACCACAACGUAACAAAAAAGUAAAGAACAGUUUGCCCCAAAGGUUAGUUUAUCCUUAUACAAAAGAUAAAAGAAAUACUUUUGAAUUAUUGCAAAACGAACCAAAGUCAGAGGUGAAAGAGACAGAUGCUAGCAAUUAUUUCCAGAAGUCACAAACAAGCAUAAAAAGUCCACCGUAUGAACCGAAUGAAGUGGGUAAUAUAGGACAUGAAACAAGAAAUGGGAUACAUAUCUUAAAUUCAUUACUAUCAGGCGGCAUCAGACGAGGCAAUAAGGCCCAGUUGUUCCAUGUUUCUCCGCGUGCUGACCAGCAAAAAGCUUCUAAUGUACAUUUAAGACGUGGAGCUAUUUCAGUAAACGAAAAACCGUCUUUUUCAAAAAUAAUUAACAUACCGAAGAAAAAACUUAUAAACACUGAUUUAGAUACAACAAAAACAAACUACCUUAUACGGGACAUGAAUGUUGACCAACUACGAAGCAGACAUAACAGCAGGUCAACUCCGCUGAGCUCGUUCGAUAACCGAAAUACACAUACAAAUAAAUUGACUGGUGUUAAUUCUCAAGGAAGAGCAGAUUCAAAUGUGAACAAUAUACACAGGAAUGCUAACAGAUCACCUAAUGACUGGAUUAAAUAUUUCAAUAUCAUGUCACAACAGAGUCCGUUAGCGAACAAAAUUGUUUUAAACAGACAAUUAUUGGAUACUACUGCUUCAAAAGAGCAACAUCAGAUGUUUGUUGAUGCCGCAGGUAAACGAAAGAGAAAUAAUAAAAUAAAUACAUUAGAAAAUUUUAAAAAUGCACAAAUGCUUGAACCGAUUUUGCGAAAGUAUGAAAAAACGGACAGCGAAACUCCGAAAGAAAAUUCCAUUCAGUCUUCUCACUCAGCGUAUAAGGUACGUCAAAACAUACAUCAUGUUAACGAAAAAAGACAAAAUGAUGCAUUACCAACGAAGGAUGCAUAUCUACAUGACACAAGGAAAGCAAGAAAAACACGUGUAAUAAGUUUGUGGGACCCUGCCGCACUUUUAAAACGAUUAUCAGCUUCGGAAUAUAACACUGCAGUUGAAAAUUUAAAGCUACCACAGUGAAUGCAACUGUCACGGC